CUGUCAAGCGUAGCCUAGCCCGCUGGAAGUCAUUUUAAUUUGUCAUUAUUUGUCAAUAUUUCACGAUUACUAAGGUGAUAGGUGAAAUAAUAGAAUAUUAUUGCAAAAAUAUGAUAAAGAGUGAUCAUAAUUAAAAACCUUACAAUGCAUUCUGCAUCGUUAAAUAUGAUAUUGCAGUGUGUUGUGCUAUUGCUAUGUUUGAAUUGUGUUCGGACAUCACAGGAUUAUGAAAAACGUUUGACCGAAGAUCAUGUUACGGACUUCAACAGCAUGUUUUCGAUGUGGCCGUCAAUGCACAACGCGGCUAGAAUGUUAAGAAAUCGACGGAAUGCUCAAGACCCUGUCGAUUUGGUAAAUGAAGGUGGUCCGGUGGAAACUAAACCCCCGGUAACUGUACAACCAGCACAGAAUCCCCUUGCCUCACAGGCUCCUGUCCCUCAGCCAUCAGAAGUUAACGAGCAAAAUAAGGUUGAUACUAAGGAGUCUACCCCCGAAAUAGCUAAGGAUACAUCUCCAAAAGUUUCAGCUAAUGCGUCGGAAACAGUGCCAACAGUUGUCGCUCCAGUAACACAUGAAAAUGAAACAAAAGCAAAUGUCACACUGAAUGACAAAUCUAUUGCAAAGGAAGUAGAUUUCAACAGUCCUGGAGUUUUGAAAAGAGGAUUCAUUGUAUUUGGCGGAUUUGCACUGAUGGCUGUUGCUUAUUUCAUUUUCUACAGGAGAAAAAGCAAAAAGAAUGACUCAAACAACACAAGCACAAUUGACGCUAAUCAAUUCCGUUAUGGAGUUCUCCAAUCAGAAGACCAGAGAGACAAUUUAGAACUAUCCAGAGUACCAUUAACAAUGGAAUCUGAUGAUGAUGAAGACGAAGAUUUAGAAAUAUUCGAUCUUGAACAGAAAAAGAAGUCAUUAUCGUACGUCAAUUUACAAAUGAAUGAUGAAGAUAUUGUGCUUAAUGCGUCUGACAAUAAAGGAAACGAAAGGGACAAUCUACUUUUAGACAUAGAUGAUGCAAAUUCCGAGACUCUGAUCAAUUGGAGCAGUAACGGUAGUAAGUCAAUAUUAUAAACUUAGGAGUAUCCAAAUUGAAUGAGAGCUGAGGAACGAAAUUGCUUCUUCCGAAUAUUUUCAAAUCUAAUUAUUUUUAUAUUCAUACUUAUGCUGUAAGGCCAGAGUGAGUUUGAUGUGAUGUGAGUGUGGUUUACGUUUUGUUUGUAGAGUUUCGUGAUUUGAUAUAUUUUAAUUCUAGUCUUCGUUUAUGUAAAAUGUACAAGGCACACAAAUUACACAAAAUUCAUUAAAAUAUUCAGUAAUAUACUAACAGUAGAAUUAACAAAGUACGAUCUUCAAUGACAUGCGAACCAAUUAGAGUGUGAACUCGUGUAUUGUGAAUAAAAAAUGUAUGUAUGUUAGCAAUGGUGAUUAUUGCUCAUUUUUCACUGGUUGUAUAUGUUCUAACUCGUCAUAAUGCGCAAUGUAAAUAGAACAUUGUGUUUAGUACACUGUAUAUAUUCAGGUACAUAUAUUUGUUAAGCCAGGCCAUGAGCGAGUACAUGUUAUCAGCCAUUAUCAAACAUUAAGAAAAUUAUGACCCAUCCGACCGUUUCGUGUUGCGGUGAGGCAAGUCUAAAAAAAUACAAAACCUAAGGCCAAAUACGUCAUAUCUUUUGAAAUAAACCUAUCUGACAGUUUAAAUAUUCAUAAUGACUUAAAUGUAAAUAAAUUGCUGAUUUUUUUUUUCUUAAUGAAAGUGAAAAUGAUUUUGUGAUCUUUUAAAAUUUAAAACGAUGUCACAUUUUGAUGGUCAACAAUAUUUAUUGAAAACUUUAUUUUGAUAAUCACACAAUAUUUUCUUAGAAAACAACGGUACAAAACUUGAUAUCAUAUUCUGGGAAAAUUCUGAAUCUUAACUAUUUUUAUAAUCGAAAAUUUGCGUGAAAUGACGAAGAGUGAGCGCGCUGGCGCGUUAUAGUUACUAUAUAGAUAAGGUAGUUAUUAAUAUAUUUAACUAUUAAGUCGUGUUUAAGAUUGGCCUCGCGUUGUAGUUAUUUUGAAGCCGGAUUGCGACUUCUUAUUUUUUAGAUUUCCCACAGAAUAUUUGCUAAUUUUCUUCUCAAAAGUAUAGUAUUUAGUCAGCAUCUCAACUAAACACGGUGUUGUCACGUUCUUCGAUACAUAUAAAUUUAAUAAAUUUAAGGGAAUGUAGGACAAAAUUUGUCGAGUAAAAAAAAUACUUCAAGACGUUAUAAUGGCUUAAAAGUCACUUCUAAUUUGGGGGCUUUGCAAAAUAAUUAUUUUUAUGUAAUUGGCUAUUGCAUAUUGUUUUACAAAAUAUUAUAACAUAGCAGCCGCAAAACCAUUAACUAUGACGUAAUGGAAACGAAUAAUACCGUUAUAGUUAUUAGUUCCAGAACAAAUGUGUAAGAAAUAAGGUGAUUGUAAAGAUCUUGUUCUAUUAUUCAUUUGUUACAUUUAAUUUAUGAUAAUUUAUACCGCAGACGCCUUAAUCAGGUUACAUUUAUUUGAACUAAAUUUAUUGCUAUACUGGUUUUUUAAAUGGUUUGUGCAAUCUAAUAAUACAGUUACAAUUUUACGACAAACAUUCGAAACGUCCGAUAUUUGGCAAUUAUAUUGAUAUAUAAAUAUGAACCGUACGCGAAAAGUCACACAAUUCAGUUUUAAUUCAAUUGUAAUUCCUCUUUUUAUAUUGUAGGAAAGAAGGAAAUAGGGAUAGUCAUUUGGUAGUCACAAACAAAUUUAAUUGGAUUAUUAGACCAAUAAUUGGUUGUAGAUUUACUUAUGCCCAAAUUGUGGUUGGAAAAUUGUAAGUACAAUUUUUUAACCUGUCAAAUCUAAAUGGUCUAAUCUAAAUAGGUGCCUAUUGGGGAAUUUAAAGCAGUUAAUUUAUUCAGUGUACUUAUACACUACUUCACUCGCCAGUUGCCAAUAUUAUGUCGGCCUGAAAUAUCAAACAUAAUGUUGUGUAAAUUUUUUAUGUAAGUAUACAAUAAAGCAUUCUUGAUAUUUCGUACGUUUGUAACCUAAUUACAAAUUGUACGAGAUAAAUAUUUGUUGCAUUUAUAAUAGUUUGCACUUUUUUACUUCCUAAAUAUUUAAAAAAACAAAUGUAAUUAUUACAAAGCAAUAAUGAAAAUUAUUGCUUAAUAAUGCACAUUAUAUUUUUGUACUUAUUGGCUUAUUUAUUGAUUUAUGUACGAAAUUAAUGUGAUUAAAAUCGGAAAUACGUCUAGUUUAUAUUAUGGUUUGCUUUUUUUUCGACUCUAUAAUGAUAAAUAUUUCCAAAGUUGUAACAAUGAUCAGAUCAUAUAAAAAAAUAUAUUUGUACAUUUUGUUUUUUUUUGUUUUCCUCACACAUUAACGUGGUUUUUUAUUGGCGAAAAUUCACUGAAUUCCCACGAAUUUUUGCAUUUUUACAUUAAAUUUACAUUUUCUCUGUAAAAAAUCAACCCCGAGCCUGGUUUUUAUUUUUGGUAAUCUAACCCAUUCUAACCUAACCUAGCUCUAAAUUUUAUGAGAGGCUUUGUUCAGUACAAGAUUGGUCAAAAAACUAACGUAACUAUAGCAAUGGCGAAGGUCCCAUAUCACCCAACUCCUGCCAGCUCCCCUUUUUUUAUUAAUGUAAUAUCUAAUUAUCAGAAUGAUUUCCAGACCGCAUUUAUGCAUAUUAUUAAUACUUAUAAGUUGAAUCGGGUUCCUUUUAUGGGAAAUUUAAUCCUUCGCCACUAAACCUAUGCUUUAGCGCAUAGGUACUAUGAAGCAUUGAAAAAGAAUUGGGUACUUUCGAUUGCCAAAUUUCAAAUUUAUACAUUUCACCAUGGAUAAUACAACCUCACACCAAUUAUCUGAACUGGAAAUAGAAUAGAUAACAAGGCCAUUCUUUUAUCAGUGGGAAAUUUAUGACGUCAUAUUUGUAUUGUUUGAAAUGACUCGUAUAAUGCUGGUUGAGUGUAAGUUUGUAGGGAAAAACAAUUAUUUUUAUACAAGUGAAUUUGAACUCUAUUCUAUUGACGUAAAUUUUCAUUUAAAUAUAUAUCUUUUAUAAUUAUAGACAUUAAUAUAGGGAUAUUUUUAUUAAGUUUAAUAUUUAAACAGAAUUUUAGCCAUUACGCAUUUUAAGGUUGAUAUUACUUUACUUUUUGCUUCGCAAAUAAAUACGUUUUUACUGAUUUGUAGCAAAAUUUAACAAAUUUACACAAAAUUCAUACAAUGAUCUUUUCGUUCUGAAUGUUUUAUUUAAUUUUGGAUCUGAUUUUUAAGCAUUUUAAAUGUAGAUGUUACUAGAUUAUACAUACACACACAUACAUCAUGUCUUUAUCCCCAGAUGGGGUAGGCAAAGGCGCACCUAUGGUUGCAACCAGGUUACCACACUUCGCCUAUGUGUUCUGUUUCAUGAUGUGACAGGGGGAGAGCUUAUUGCCAUAUCGCGUACAAAUUCCGGGCUGAUAUUGAGUAGAAAAACGCAAUAUCAGUGCCUGACCUGGCGAUCGAACCUAGGAUCCCAGAGCGGUGUACCGUGCACGUGCACAACACGCCACCGUGGCAGCUAUAUACCUUUACACAUAUCAAUAAAUUAUACGGUUCAAUAAGUAUUGGUUAUGUCUCCUGUAGGCAUAUUAAAAUUUGAAAUCCAUCAUUCAAAAUAUUUCGAAAGGCCACUAUUGUUAGUAGUUUUCUAGAAAAAUCGAUCAAAUAACAUAAGACUAUACUUGCUUUGUUCAUCGUGCUUCUAUAAAAAGCUUAAAUAAGUGUAAAAUGUAGCAUAUUUUUUUAUUGUUUACACUUGCAAUAUACGUUUCGUACGGUUACAGUAUACUUUACUAUGGUUAAUUGUAUAUUCUUUUCCUUUUUAUCCUGACAAAAUAACUGCAAUGCAUUUUAAUUCAGAUUGUUAAGGAAUGAGGAUUGAAAAUUUCACUGUACACGCUCAGGUAAAUUCAUAAAAUGUUAUUUUAAAAAUACGUAGACGUUGUGUAGGUAUUAUUCAUAAGUAAUAGGUAUACAACACGGAGUGGCUGAAUAUAAAAAAAAAACUGAGGUUAUUCCUAAGGCUGUGUUAUAAGGAAGGAUCUAUUAUAUUGUAUAAGGCGAAACUCUAUGCUAUUUCAUUUAAAAUCACAAAAAAGAUAUGUGAAUUUAGUGAGUUAUAAUAUUUAUACCCGACGAACUAGAAAUAGGUAUAGUCAGGGGGCCUUAUUCCGUCUAUGCGGGCAUAUCCGCCUUUUUGCAAUUACGGACAUUCUAAUCGGACAGUUUUGAUGCUUAUAUAGCCAAAAGAGUCAAAAUCCCCUAAUUAUCUAUACGGCUAUCAAAGUAACUGCAUGAAGACGGAUAUAUUCCCGUAGACGGAAAAGCCCCCUGCCUAUACUUUACUUUUUGUUCUAAACUGGCUUUUGCUCGCGGCUGCGACCUCUAAAAAAUUUUUCCGGGUUAAAAGUCCUGCUUUAUAUUUUCUCGGGAUAAAAUGGAGUUUAUAUGUUAAGUUUGUUCUCUAGCAAUAAAGUAGUGAAAACUGUAUUAAAUUCCAUGCAUUAGUUUUUGCAUGAUGCGUAUACCAACAUAUAGACAAAAACUCUAAAAACUAUUUUGGCUUCUUUUGUUUUGAUAAAAAUCUCUGUAUUAGUUUUAUUUCAAUAUCUAUAAUGUACUACAGAAAUCGGACUGUUAUUAUAGAAUUUUAUCAUAGGUAUGUAAUUUAUUUCAGAAUCAUAAUAUUAUGUAUUUCCUGCCUAGCUGUACGUUUUAGGCACUAUGAGCAGUGAUAUUUUGAGCCUCGCCAUUUUCAAAUAACACAUUUAAUUACUAUACUGUUAUCAAGCUUAGAUAACGAGACAAAUUGAUAAAAUGUUUACAUUUCCACUUCAGUAAAGUUAAUCACCCUUCAAGGUUAGUGUGAAAGAUGACCGACAUACGCAGCCUUAGGUUAUGAGCGAUGUAUGUUGUAAAUAAGCAUUUAUGCGUUUAUUAUAAAAAAAAACUAGAAAUGAUCAUAAUAUUUUUAUCCAUCGACGCCUAUAGAUGACUCGCAACAAAUUAAUACCAGUUAUAUUCUAAUAAAUUUAUAAGUACGGAAAUGUAUCUAAAUAUAUGACUGGGAUACGUAUGCUACUUAAGGUGUUUUUAACAAGUAUAUAUAUUAUCCACCAUGUAAAGUAUAAAACAGCAAAUUUCAAUAAAUAUUAAUUUGAUUACAAUUUAUUUGGAAGUAUAGACAAUGCCAUUUGUAUUUGAUUGUUUUUAAUUACAAUUGACCAGUAGCAUUAACUCGAGUGAAACGAGUAUUCAGUUUAAUAAAAUAUGCUGUAUAUAUAAAACAUGAUAUAGGAAUCAUCUCAGCAAUAAUUUGAUCAUCAGAGUAUACACGCAGAUAUAUUGUGAUAAGUAUUCUAUCUACUAGAAAAUAAGUCAUCUUUUUAAGAAGCAUAUGUCUACCCAAAAUAACAUAUUAAAAAUAAAGGUACAUUUUUAAUUUGCCAGAGACGAUUUGUAUUUGUUUAUCACAAAAAGCUUUGGACUGUGAUAAUACAAGAGAGAAUAAUGUAAAUAUUUGUAACACCCUGCAAUGUAUGAUGGAAAA